CAUAACCCUAUUGAGUGUUUUUUAACUAAAUUAACAUGGCUCGAAUGAACCGCCCAGCUCCUGUGGAAGUCACAUACAAGAACAUGAGAUUUCUUAUUACACACAAUCCAACCAAUGCGACCUUAAACAAAUUUAUAGAGGAACUUAAGAAGUAUGGAGUUACCACAAUAGUAAGAGUAUGUGAAGCAACUUAUGACACUACUCUUGUGGAGAAAGAAGGUAUCCAUGUUCUUGAUUGGCCUUUUGAUGAUGGUGCACCACCAUCCAACCAGAUUGUUGAUGACUGGUUAAGUCUUGUGAAAAUUAAGUUUCGUGAAGAACCUGGUUGUUGUAUUGCUGUUCAUUGCGUUGCAGGCCUUGGGAGAGCUCCAGUACUUGUUGCCCUAGCAUUAAUUGAAGGUGGAAUGAAAUACGAAGAUGCAGUACAAUUCAUAAGACAAAAGCGGCGUGGAGCUUUUAACAGCAAGCAACUUUUGUAUUUGGAGAAGUAUCGUCCUAAAAUGCGGCUGCGUUUCAAAGAUUCCAACGGUCAUAGAAACAACUGUUGCAUUCAAUAAAAUUGGGGUGCCUAAUGCUACUGGAAGUGGAACUUGAGAUAGGGCCUAAUUUGUUAUACAUAUUAGCCAACAUGUUGGCUUAGUAAGUCUAAUGAAGCUUCCAUAGGAGUAUUGAAAGGCAGUUUUACCAGGCCGCAAGCUAGACAGAUUUGGCAACCUCUGUAUUUGGGUUACAGUCAACCUAUUUGGAUACUUGGCAAAAGAUUCUUGCUGUCAGCAUAUAAAAUGUGCUUGUCAUUUGUAUCAAUUGACCUUUCCCCAAAUCAUGCAGUAUUGAGUUAUGACUUGUUUAAAUCUAUUCCCAUGCCAGAAUCUUAUCAAUACAUAAGAAAUUUAGGAAGAUUAGGUGCCAAAAUACCCAGCACAAUACUUGUAUAUUUUUAGUACCAUACAGAACUAAAAUCCCAGGAACUAUGAACACUAGACCUUAUGUGGUUUAUUCCUUCAAUCAUUUCAAACAUUGAAAGUAGGGCCUACAUGGUUAUUUGCCUGCUCACUUUAUGUUUACAUCUCCCACAUUCAUACCAAUAUACGUCAGGUUUGCUUAACCAUUGAUUUUUUUUUUUUUUUUUUACCAAGUCUUACAGUGAUUAUUUAAUGUGUUUCCAUAUAUCUCACUUUGUGCUGUAUUAAAGAAACCUCCAUUUUGAAAAUCUACGUUGUACAGAAGCACAUGUCUUUAAUGUCUUCAGACAAAAAAGCCUUACAUUAAUUUAAUGUUUGCACUCUGAGGUGCAACUUAACAGGGAGGGCCUGAGAAAAGAAUGGGAGGGGACUAUUAAUUAUUUUUAGCAAAAUGUUGCCUUUGUCUUGUGCAAACAUGUAGAAUAUGCUCUUUAAUUUAGUAAAAUAUUUUUUUAAAAGGUAGAGAUGCUUUGUUAUUGUAAUCAUAAACUUCCUGAAAUUCUUGUAAUUUUUUCCCCAUACUUAUCAGAAGUGUGUUUACCAACUUAUUUUUGUUUGAAAGUGUGAUUUUUUUUUUUUUCCUUCCCAACCUCUCUUGCAAAAAAAGAAGUGGGUUUCUGCUAAUGAAUUGAGCAGACAUCUAAUAUUUUAUAUGCCUUUUGAGCUGUGUAACUUAAUAUUUGGAUACUUGACAAUUUGUUUUAUUAUGUAAUUGAUAAAAUGGUGAUGUGUAUUAAUGUUAGUUCAACCAUAUAUUUAUACUGUCUGGGGAUGUGUGGUUAUAGUUCUGUGGGAGAAAUAAUUUUGUCAGUGUUCACCAGCUUGUAAAAACUUAGUGCGAGAGCUGAAACAUCUAAAUAAAUAAUGACAUGCAUUUAUCAUCAUUGAGAUUGGUUUGCUUAAAAUUAACUUAUUUUGUAGAAAACAAAAUGAAUUGCACUUAAUGUGUGUCCUCAUCUUUUGACAAAUAAAUGAAGGAUUAUAAAUGAUGUCAGCAUUUUAGUAAACUUUUAGACAAAAUUUGUUAGGGUCAUUCAUGAAAACUUUAAUACUAAAAGCACUUUCCAUUAUAUACUUUUUAAAGGUCUAGAUAAUUUUGAACCAAUUUAUUAUUGUGUACUGAGGAGAAAUAAUGUAUAGUAGAGGACAGCCUUGGUUUGUAAAGCUCAGUUCCACUAGUUCAUGGUUUUGUGCAACUUCUGAGCCUCAGUUUCCUCCUUUGCAAAUUAAUAAUUACAUACCUUUAUAGAUUUUGAAAUUAAUUUAAAUAUUAGUAUUUGGUACAUGAAGGCUUAAUGUUAAGUUUCCUUUAAUGAUCCACAAUAAUCUCUUUGAUCAUGUUAAUCUAAAUCUAGAUGUCUUUGUCUAAUUUUUUUUGAAUAGCAGUUAUAAAUGUAAAGGACUCAAAGUUUAAGUAAAAAGUGAUACUCCACCUUGUGUUUCAAGGAAUUUAGUUCCACCUCUUCAUACCAGUUUAACACUUAAUAUAUUCCAUUGGAUUUUGGACAGGGCAAAAGGAAGAACAGGGGCCUCUGGAGGCCCUUGGUUAUUUAAAUCUUGGAUUAUUUGUGAUAGUAAUCACAAAUUUUUGGCUAAUUUUUAACCUGAGCUUUUUUUUUUUUUUUUAAGGAAAUGCAGCCUAGUCUUGAGAACAUAAUUUUAUAUAAUCAAUUACUAAAUGUUAAACUAUUACCACACAGCCCAUAAAACAGCAUUUGCGUUUAUUGAGAGAGAGGAUGUGCCAUCAUGAUUAAUGAAAACUAUCUUUUGAGUUUGAAAAGAAAUUAAUUGGCAGUGUUUGGAUUGUAUAUAUGGUGCUAAAAAUAAAUUAAUUUACUUUAUAAACCUUAUCUGUACAUUAUACGAUGUGAUGAAAUUUGCUUUUUAUCCAAAUAUUUUGUAUCUUGUAAAUAUGGCUAAUUAUAGGAAUGCCUAUAAUACAUCUUAGAUUCCUUAUAUCUAAUGAGAGUUCAGAGAGUUAUGAGUUGAAGUCUUGAAUGCAGGAAACUAUCUGAUGGUGUUCUAAAAUUUGGUUACUUGGGUUUGGAUACCCUUAAUGGGAUGAUGUAAAUAGAGGCUAGUUACCUAGGCUUGUCUAUAGAAACCAUAAUGUUGAUGUAAGCAAUGCAGUUACUGAAUCAUAAGAAAAUGCCAUCUCUUUUUAGUUGAAGGAAAACUCUGGAAGUAGGUGCCAUUGGUCAUUCUGCAGUGCACUGCAACCAUUGUUUCCCCUAGUGCCCUCUUUUCCCUAGGGCAUUGCUCUCCUAUUCCCACGCCUUAACGCAGCUCUAUACCUAGAAGCAGCCAGCCCAGGCAUGCAGUCACAUUUAAUCACAUCCCCCUUCUAGAGUGCUUCAAAAUGAUGUAGUCCCUCAACUUGGCUAAAGAAUCUCAAUCUCUUGAAAUUUAUUUUUUUAAUGUCAUAUUCAUCUGGUAAAUAUCUACUGUUUGCCAGGCAUUUAAGAAUAUGGCAAAGAACAUAAAAGAUGGUGUCACCAGAUUUUGGUCACCAAUGAGUACCCGACCCGUUGCCAUGAUUAAGAGAGAAUGCUUUCUAUUGGAGUUUCAGGAAAUAUAAUUUGAGAAUACUUUAAAGGGAAGUGGAAGUAUAAGUGAAUGAUAUUUUUCUUUUACAUGUAAACAAUGAAGUUAUUUCAAAGUUAAGUUUUAAACAAAAUACAUGAAGUAGUGUCUGCCUACAUGUUAAUAUUCUACAUUCUUGCUUCCUUAAAUUAAUAUGUUUGUGUGUAUAUAUGUGCCUCACACCUGAAUUGAAAAUUAAAGACUGGUUUAAAAGUG